AGUAACAUCUACAGACUGAGGAACAGAUAAUGAAGCAGUUAUCAUCCUGCUGCAAACACAAGCAGUGACACAUAAGAACGACUCUGCAACCAGCAAUAAGCAAGCUGAGAAAAUGUCUGAAGAGUGGCGGAAGUUGGGGUUCGACACCAAGGCAGUCAAGUUAGGAUACAAACCGGAAGUGUCUAACGACUACAGCCUGGUGCCUCCCAUUGGUCUGUCCACUACCUUCGAGCAGGACGACCCAUCUUCACACAGGGGGUUCCUGUACGUGCGCCAAAAUAAUCCUUCGCGGCAGAUACUUGAGAAGGGCUUUGCCUUGCUGGAGGACGCCAAAUACGGCCUCUGCUUCUCCUCGGGCACCAGCGCCAUCAGCGCCGUUGUGCAGCUGUUGAACACCGGAGAGCACAUCGUGUCGUCUGAGAUCAUUUUCGGGGGUACAUACCGCUACUUUGACAGGAUAGCCGGAAGAGUGGGCAUCAGCACCACAUACGUAGAUGCCACGGAUCCGAAGAACGUGGAACGUGCGUUGCAGGACAACACGCGCCUCGUGUUCCUGGAAACUCCAUCCAACCCUCUGUUGAGUCUGUGCGACAUUGCCAAGAUUGCAGAAAUCGUGCACAGGAGGAAAGACAUUUUGUUUGCUGUGGACAAUACAUUCCUCACUCCCUACUUUCAGAGGCCGCUUGAACUGGGCGCUGACAUCUCGGUGUACUCGGUGACCAAGUAUCUGAACGGACACACAGAUGUCUGCAUGGGCGCCAUGUGCUUCAACGACGACUCACUCUACCCUCGACUGCGAUAUCUGCAGAACAAUGCCGGUAUUGGCUCCUCGCCGUUCGACUGCUACCUGGUUCAUCGUAGCCUCAAGACGCUGCCAGUCCGCCUCAGACGCCACAUGAAGAGUGGCCUCAAGGUGGCGCAGUUCCUGGAGUCCCACCCUUUGGUUACGAAGGUUCUGUGUCCGUGGCUCCCGAGCCAUCCUCAGCACGAACUCGCUAAGCGCCAGACCUCAGGAUAUACGAGCAUGAUUUCCUUCUACGUCAAGGGCGGCCUACAGGAAACCAGCGCGCUGCUUAAGAAGUUCCGCGUUAUCAACAUGGCCGGUAGUCUUGGCGGUGUCGAGAGCCUGGCGGAGAUUCCGUCGGUGCUGAGUCACGCCACCUAUCCGGCUGAGGAGAGGGUGCGGAUGGGAAUCACAGACAACCUUGUGAGGCUUUCCGUGGGGCUGGAAGAUCCUGACGAUAUCAUCGCUGACCUGGACCUGAGCUUACGCUCAGCCUUGGAGUGAAGACUUCUGUGACAUGUGGAAAAACAUCAACUACUUUACCAUUAACACUGAGCAGUGUAACUUGCAUUAAAUAGUUGUCUCGAUUUUAGUGACUAUAGACAGCGUUGGGAUUGGUAAUUAGAUUUAUUGAAAUUUACA